AUGAAGACUACCAUCGUAGCCUCCGUCUUCGCCCUCGCGGCUUUGACAACAACAACGCCCGUCGAGCUCGAAUCCCGCGAUGAUUCACUCCCCGAUAAUACAUUCGGGCGGCUCGACGUCUACUCCACUCCAGAGUGCACCAACUCAGAACUACUCGGAGAUCAAGGGAAAGAUAUCUUCGUCCCCCGCAACAUAUGCACUCCCACCCUAAUCACCGAGGUCGAUGCACUUGGAGUCAAGGUGGAAGUCGCAACCAUGUCCUACAGAGCACAUCUCUUUUUCGGUGAUGACCAAGGGCACUUGGGGGGAGGAUGCGCCUUUUUUCUUUUACAAGGAUAA